AUGUUCAGGGUCUUCAGGAAUAAAUGGAUCACACCACCGAAAGAAGUCCACGAGGACUAUACUGGAAGGAACAUUAUUGUCACAGGUGCGACUUCCGGUAUCGGUGUAGAGGCAGUCUUCAAGUUUGCAAAACUAGGUGCCGCCAAAGUCAUCAUCGCAGCACGGGAUGUGAAGAAAGGCGAAUCGACAAAAUCUGCUUUGGAGGCUCGGCUAGGACGCCGCGAUCAGCUGGAAGUCUGGGAGUUGGACAUGAUGUCCUACGACAGCGUAGAGGCCUUUGCAAACCGCGCAAAUGAGCUUGACCAUCUGGACAUAGCGGUGUUGAAUGCUGGCACUCGACGAGUCCAGUUCAUACAGUCUAGAUAUGGGUGGGAGGAAGAUAUACAGGUCAACACACUGUCUACAACCCUCUUGGCCAUUUUACUUGUACCGAAACUAAAAGAAUCGAAACAACAUACUGCUAAAAUCCCGAUUCUUGAGUUUGUCAACUCUGGUCUGCAUCAGAACGCCGUUGUCGCGACAGAGGUCCGUCAAGAAAUCAGCGUACUUGACCAUUACAACAAGAAAGAAAACCACAAGGAGGGCAGUCAGUACAGCUUCUCCAAAGUCUUCCUCAUGUACGCUACAAAGAAGCUUGCCGACGAGAUAUCGUCAGGCGAUGUUAUCAUCACCAGCAUCUGCCCUGGCUGGGUCAAUACCGAUCUGGGUCGCGAUCACUUCUUCCCUGGCGUACACAUAUUGGCUUUCUUCCUCAUCUUUUUGUUCAUGAGAACACCUGCUGUUGGAGCGAACAUGGUGUUGAGUGGGACGACACAGGGUGAACGUUUGCACGGAAGGUUCUGGCAACACGACAAGAUUCAGCCGAACGGACCGAGCUUGACAGGGCCUGAGAUGAAGGAGCUGAGUGGGAGGAUGUGGGUUGAGAUUGUGGAUGCAUUGAAAAAGGACGUGCCGGGUAUUAACAAGGCGGUCGACGUGGCAUUAUCGAAACGCUGA